AUGUCCUCUUCAGAGCAGCAGCAGCAUCAGCAUCAGCAGCAUGAACAGGGCAUGACGCUCACUAAGAUCAUCUACUUCACCAUCAACGGACGACCAGAGCAGGCCGAGUUCCCCAUCGACUGUCCUGCACAAGACCUCAAAGACUUGUUCCGCUCGGCUGCCGAGGCGGGUCCGCACGACAUCCUAAAGCUCUACAACCCCAAGGGCAACAUCAUCAACAUCUCCCCCCAGCUGGCCCCCAACACCCGCCAGGCCCCCUACAAGCUGGAGGUGGUGGCAGCCGACUGCAACACUCAGCCGUUAGAGCUUGCUGUGGCACUCGGAUUUGACCUGUCAUCAAUGGAGAAAAGGCUGCAGAGUCUGGAGAAGAAGAUCCUGAGCGAGGCGGGGGAGACUCCAGCCAUCGUCUACGAGAUGAAGAGACAGGUGGAGUCCUUCAGGGACAAACUAGAGAGUGUGGAGCACCUGAGUUGGCUGGGGCUGUUUAAGGAGCUGUCUGACGCCACCCAUAAGCCCUCCCCCUUCUACCACAAGAGGACCCUCCGCAAGACCCGUGAGGAGUGCGAGCACGUCAGAGACAAGUUCCUACAGAUGAGUUCGCUGGAGGUUUCUGAGGAGGUGAGGCAGUAUCUGAAGACUCCAACUUUUGACAACUGGCAGUGGGAGGAUGCUGAGAUCAUGGUUCUCCUCCAGGUGAUGUAUAUGGAUCUGGACUUCAUCUCCACCUUCAACAUCGAGCUGGAGGUGCUGCAGCAGUUCCUGUACGAGGUCUACAGGCGAUACAACAACAUCCCCUUCCACAACUUCAAACACUGCUUCUGCGUCACACAGAUGAUGUAUGGGCUGAUAUGGCUGACAGACCUCAGGAACAAGAUGGACAGCAUUGACCUUUUGACCUUACUGACCUCUGCGGUGUGCCACGACCUUGACCACACCGGGUACAACAACGCCUACCAGAUUAACGCGCGUACAGAGCUGGCUAUGCGCUACAAUGACAUCUCGCCCCUUGAGAACCACCACUGUGCUGUGGCCUUUGAGAUUCUGGAAAAGAAUGAGAGCAACAUCUUCAGAAAUCUGACCACAGACCAGUACAAGAGAAUACGAGAAGGCAUCAUCAGGUGCGUCUUGGCAACAGAUAUGACCCGACACAACGAGAUCCUCAACAAGUUCAAAUCCAUCCUGCACACCUUUGACUUCAGCAACAAAGACCACAGAGAUGUGCUGAUGACCAUCCUGAUCAAAGUGAGUGACAUCUCCAACGAGGCGCGGCCCAUGGAUGUGGCGGAGCCCUGGCUAGACUGCUUACUGCAGGAGUUCUUCAACCAGAGUGACAUGGAGAAGCUGGAGGGCCUCCCGGUGACGCCCUUCAUGGACAGGGACAAGGUGACCAAGCCGUCAUCGCAGACCGGCUUCAUCCGCUUCGUGCUGCUGCCCCUCUUCAUGGAGCUGGCCAACCUCUUCCCCUGCCUGGAGCAUCACAUCAUUGACCCAGUGCGGAAGGCCUUGGACUACUACACAGAGAUGGAGAAAGCCCUGGAGCGUGAGAAACAGAACCGGGCCCAGAGCGACAAGACGGCCCUGGAGCGUGAGAAACAGAACCGGGCCCAGAGCGACAAGACGGGUCCAAAGUCCACCAAAGAGCCAUCUUCUUCUUCUUCUUCCUCAUCAUCUUCCUCUUCUGGGCCAAAAGAACCAGACACACCGGCUGAUGCCAGCUCAGAUCUGAAGCCCACUACAGUGUGA